GUGAUAUCCCGUUCCUGGGAGAACAGCGGUGGAGCAUGUACUGAACUUGGCCGAAACCCGUUACCCAUUUGGGAAACAAGUUUAUUAUUAACGCGACGUUACGUUAAACAUGGGUGGCAUAUGGAGUAGGCAAAACGUCCGGGUAGAAGAAGUGGACUUUGCCGCCAACUAUGCCUACAGGUAUCCGCCGAAAACUGGCAAUUACUUCGCGAGUCACUUCAUCAUGGGCGGGGAAAGGUUCGACGCCAAUCAGCCGGAGGCAUACCUGUUUGGAGAGAACACAGACCUCAACUUUCUAGGAGGCAAGCCGACUCCCUUCCCGUACCCAGCGCCACAGGCCAACGAGCCAACGAGGCCGCUGCGAAGUCUCGUCAACAUCCGCAAGGAGUCGCUGCGCUUCGUAAGGAUCCAAGACGAGUCGUUGAAGGCGGACGACGAGGCGACGGACGUGGCCCCUCCGUGCCGGUACAACAUCGAGUUCACGUUCGACACGGACGUCCGGUGUGCCAUCACCAUCCACUACUUCUGUUCAGAGGAGAUCACCAGCAAUGGUCUAAUUUAUAGCCCAAGAAACGCCGAGAUGAGCUCGGAGACAUACCACUACAAACGUGGAGCCAAUCAGCAGUUCAGCCAGUCGUCUCACAUUUUCGAUCCAAGCCUUUACUGUGAGGAAGAGCUGAGCUAUAACUUCGAAGAUGAAAUGCUACCAGUCGUCAUCCACUGCCUGGCCGAGGAAGGCGACGAGCCACGCCAGUCGCACGUGCUAGUCGCCGUAGUGGAGAAGAACUCGGACAACACGUACACACUCAAGCCACUCAAACAGAAGCUCUUCGUUGACGGCCUCUGCUACCUGCUGCAGGAGAUCUACGGCAUCGAGAACAAGAAUGUGGCCCAAACCAAGCCCCCGACAGGUGACGAGGAGACGGAGGACAGUGGCGCCGAGUGCGUCAUCUGCAUGUGUGACAGUCGGGACACCCUGAUCCUACCCUGCCGGCACCUGUGCCUGUGCUCGUGCUGUGCCGACUCGCUGCGCUACCAAGCCAACAACUGCCCCAUCUGCCGGGCACCCUUCCGCGCCCUGCUCCAGGUGCGGGCCGUGCGACGCACUCUUGCCUCGGCCGUCGCCGUGCCGCACCUCGGGGCAUCCGCCGGAGACGCUCAGACCUGCCAAGAUAUUCCACCAGGCUACGAGGUUGUGCCACUGGUGGAGGCCCUCAACGGACCAGUCGUUGGUUCUGCACCGGUUGCUGCAAUGCACCUGACGGUGGGCCUGCCACCCGAAGCGGCAACGCCCGAGGGGCCAGCGGCCAAGCCUCGGCGGAGCGGAAGGCGGCGUUCAGGCAGCACUUCAUCGUUGCAGACGGACAGCACCGGAGCCACAGCAGCUCCCGAGGUCGUGGUGGCCGCGGUGGUUUCGUCGGAUGCCGAAAAGGGGCGCGCGGUGUCCCCGCUCGGUCCAGACGUCCGCUGGCACCGGCGAAGUUCCUCCCGCGCCGCACCAGAGCAGGUCCGUCUGCUGUCGGAGUCCGAGGGCUCUGCCGGUCGUCGAAAGGAGAACUUCUUGUUGGGCAAGCUGGUCGCACAGGAGAGAAGACGAAUUCAGGCGCACGACAAACACAGGCGAACACAGUUACGGGCUCGUGAGGCGGAAGCGGCCGAGACGCGCUCGCUGCUCGAAGGGAACGGAGCGGGCGAUUCGCGAAGCCAGGCGGCGACUUCUCCGUCGGCGCACGGAAAGGUGUCCGCAUCGACGCCCCACUCGCUGCAUCUCUGCCAGGCGAGGCCGGACAAAGAAAACAAGGCCACAGACACUUCUCCUGGAGCCGAGGACUCCGACUACUACACCCCUGAGGACCCAGCUGUGCAGGAAGGCUGCGCUCACUUUCUGGUCGACCAAGGGACCGACACCAGCCUGGAUACACCGCUAGCCGAGACACCCGGUGCUGAGAGUUCUUCGGGAACCGUUGUGCCGACGCUAUCGAGCGGCAGUGGCAGUGCCAAGAACUCGCCGGAUGCCAUGGCACUGCGCCGGCGGCGAGUCUUCGAUGACCGGUGCUCACCCGUGCACGAGGAGGACCGCCCCAUUGAGCUGGUGGAAGUCAAGAAGGCCACCACGCCGCUGGCGCCCACUGCAGGAACGACGACGUUCGAGGCACGCACCCAAACGACGUCGCCGUCUCGUGCCCAGGCCAGCGGCAGCGUCGGACACGUCGAGACCAGCGUCUCCCUACCGGGCACCCCCGCGAGCAAUGCCAGCAAUCGCAGUAGUGGCGACAGCUGCAGCAGCGGUUCGAGCACGCGGCUGCUGCUAUCUGUACGGCAUGCCUCUCAGCCUCCCAGCAAAACUAGUGGUGGCAGUGUGGACUGAUAGCCUCAUGAAGAAAGCAAAAACAAAAAAAUAGUACGUAAGAUCAAAAAGAAAGCUGUGGCUUACGAAGAAACAUGAAAAAAAAAAGGAAAACUUCGACGUUCCAAUGAGAGGGCAAGCCGGCUUCGAGUGGUUCAGAUUGCUGGAGGAAAACACCGUCGUGUCUGCAGGUUGCCAGAUCGCCAACGCUUGCCAUUGCCAAGAAAUACCAGUAGUCCCCGCACCAACCUGCUGCGAUUGGGGACCAUCAGCUUUGACGCUUAUUAUUCGUGCUUCGUGCCACAGAUCGCUAAGCCUAUUUAGGCUUAGCGGAAGAAAAUUGCAGACGUGAAAUUCGGGCCAUCGAAAAGGAGGGCGAGGCUUGAUGGCUUGGUUACACCGGAAUGCACGCUCUUUCUGUGAAGCAUGCUCUGGAAAAGGGCGUGGCUCUAUACGUUCAGUGCAGUCGGCGUUGCUUUUGGGUGUUACGUUUAAUCACAGCUGCCACUAGGUGAAGGGAAGGUUCAGUAUGAGGUGGGGGAGUGUACGACUGUCUUCUGACGGAGCGGCCGAGGCAAGAAGCACAGCGAAGUCUUCUUGCAUGCUUCCUAGUUGUUCUCGGCUACAAGUCAAUUGGGACCAUUACGGACAGCUGUUAACUGGACUACGACUGUCCUCGGUGAAAGGCGUAUAGCCAGUCUUUCUACUUGGAAUGUCCAGAAAAGUAUUUCCUAAGUGAUUUUGUUUGUUAGUGACAUGUGAAUAUUUCAAGUGGUGAUCUGAAACUGAUUGCAGCCUGGAAUCACAUCACAACGUUACACACUGUGUUCAAACAGCCUAGUCUGCAAAGCAGACAUAUCGAUAUAGAGCCGUGCGUCUUGUCCAACUUACCGUGCCCUCAAAGCGUUAAUACAUAACCAGCUGCAUAGUGGUAUAGUAUUUAUCUCAUUCAAGUUUAGAAGCUGGCUCUGAACAUCUCGAGCGCUUCACAUGCAUUAAGCUUUACAGGAAGUGAAACGAAAUGAUUUAAUUCAUACUUCUUUAUACACAACAUAACGAGCAAGUGUUGAUUAGAGAUGUUGGUUCUUUUACCGAAAGGAAAAAAAAAAGUAUUGGGGUUUUUAGAAUUUGCUCAGCCCAAAGUGGCUUUGGGUAACCAAAGUGCCACACCUCACAUUGAUCCUUUUUUUUUUUCGGUUUGGUUUCUUUUUUAGAGGUGGUUUUAAUACCCUAACCUUGGGUAUGUGUAACCCAAGACUUGGGUUGGCUUGCAAUCUUAAGGUUAGUGCAAAGAUUCAUGGGUCGAUAGCUGAUAAACAGUGAGAUCUUAGGCAGCUGAACCAUGAUAUUCGCUCAACUUUAACCUGGGACUAUGUGCUGGUGUUUUACAGGGAUAAAUCAUGCCACACAGAGUUAUGUUAUGACCUCUUAUCGUGACAGUGACUUGGUUUCUCAAUUGCUAGCAUUCUUGUCAUCACUGUCGCUUCUCGAAUCUCUUUUUAUGUUAGCCCGUACACUAUGAGGUAUACUACCUUAAAGAUAAAAUGGCCAUUCCAUGCUGCUGUGACAAGAGCGUCGUGUAUCUACCCCAGAAUUCCACCUCUGCAUGUUUGGCAGCUUGACAGACAGUUUAAGUUUUUGCAUUAAGCAUUUGCCUUAAUGAGGUGCUUAAAGCAAACACUAAGGUGAAGGACUUUUACAGUUAUGUCAGCUUCAUUACCAGUUACAGUCAAACCUGGUCAUGAACUGACUGGCUUGUGAGCUGAGUACAGUGAAACCUCGGUGAUACGAAUCUCACGGGACCACCAAAAAUAUUCGUAUCAUCCGAAAUUCGUAUCACCAGAAAGCAUGGAAAAUUAGCAUGCGGCAAAUGAAGGCUGGCGUACAUUUUCAUUUAUUGUUUUUCAGGGCUGCAGCAACGUCAGGAUCAAACAACGCUGAGUGAUUGUCAGUUAAGUUUUUAGAUGUCGGCAAUCAUACCAGCACUUGUAGAUAUACGGCCCGUACGCGCGUGUAUUUAUAAUGAACCAGGUGCGUUGUGACCCGCGACAGCAGUAACCCCUUCCAAAUUUUACUAUGUUUUUUUUUUUUUUUCAUGACACCGGAAUACUGCAGCGAAAGUAACGAAAGAAGUGCUUUGACGCGAUGGAUCAAGGCCACAAAAUUACAGAAACGCGGUCCCGUGUUAUGAUUUUGUCAUUGCGGAGGUGUUGGGGAUGUUUUUGGGAGAUUUACGGCCGUACCCGCACAAGUGCAACCUCAACGGUUGCGCAUGUUGACGUUGUGAGACCUGAAUCUUUCGCCAAGACCGUACUCGCCUUCUUUCGGUCCUCGUCCACCGUUCAUAGGAUGUCUGAUGCACGAGGCAGGCACGUGUAAACACAGUACGACAGCAGCCCGCGUCGACGCGUUAGAAAAAAAAUCAUGGUGCUAAUGUCCUUUUGUAAUCUAAACGCGAAGGCACAUAAGAGCCUCAAAGAUUCGCGCACACAAUCUCGGAGGCCGUGACGCGUGUCUGAAGGUUUAUUCUGGCCGUAAGAAAAGUUUUUUCUCACACCGUGAUUCUGACGAUUUGGUGGUGUGGCGCGCAUGCCCACGCUUGCGUUCCCGCACUCGCACGUGCUUGGCGCAUCUUCCGCGACAGCGUGGACAGCACCUCUUCGUACCUGGGCAGCAGCGUACGUUCGUAUCAAACGUCGCUGGGUGAAAAUUGGUUCGCAACAACCGUACUCCAUUACAUUGCAGACCAAUGGGCCUUGGCCGGGACCAGUGAAAAAUUUGUAUCACCCCGAAAUUCGUAUGAGCUGUCAUCGUAUCACCGAGGUUUUACUGUAUAUAUAAAAAUUAAGUACAUAUACGUAAACUCGCAACGAAUUGAAUCGCACUCUUGAGUGCAUUUGUCAUACACACGCCAAUUCGUUAUCUCUGGUGAAAGAAAAGAAGCCACGAAGAAAUCCGCUUAUUGACGGCAAAGCUACGCACAGUUGGCAAGAGUUUUUGCCUGCACCUUAAAGCGUUCCCAGUCUCCAAGAAUGGUAUUCAUGACAUGUGAAGUUGAGUAGACGACCUCUGGUCUGCUUCCUUCAGAUGGCAACACAGUACCGGCAUAACACACACACACACUGCAAAAGUACAGUCAUGUGCAGUAUGAAAGAGAACGCUGAAAUUAUCUUCAAAAGGCCAUAGUGGCUAAACACAUUUGCUAAGCACAAAAGUUUUCAUAACGCUAAAUGUUUCAAGCGUAAAUGCACCUCUUGCAAACAGAUGUGGAAGAUUUGUGUGUGCACAUCACUAGUAAUCGCUGAAGCAUGAAUCCCGUGUUCUCUUUCAUAUGGUUCACGACAGUACACUAAAACGUUGCGCCAUGUGGCUUCACAUUUGGUAGUGUCUGGCAGCGCAUGCCUUUGAAGUGUAGUGAUUUGGGCUGGUUGUACCACUUGAACAUUACGAAUGCCUCGAGUUCAGUUCUUUCAAGAGAGUUGUCUUUUGUGCUGGUCUGAAAGUCUCGCAUGUUCAAUGUAGAUUAGAUUUCUUUGUGUUCAUUAUACCUGUGUUCAACUGCGGGCUUUGCGUUGCGUUCAAGACUCGAAAGACGCCAUUGGUGGCCAGCAAAGUGCGAAGUCAAGAGCUCGUACGGUGCUUGUAUUCUGUUGAUAUUUGGGCGGUGGCCUUGCGUUUUCCGCGCCAGUCUGCUGUCGUCUUUUUGCGAUAGCGAGUUUCUGACGGACUGCGUCAAAAAUGUGGCUCUAAAGCAGCAUGCAAGUUUUUUUAGAUGUGUAAUAUAUUACAGGAUAUAUAUAUUCCUUGUUUGCUUCUAGUAUCUCUUUAAUAUUAAUUUCCUUUUGGAUCUGCAAGACAUACGCAGUGGGUGUUCACAAUAAUUGCUGUGUGAAUGCAAGUACUCUGCAGAUGCUUUUUAAACAUACACAGAGUGUGCCUCUAGGAGACUGUUUUAAUUUUGUGUGUUGUAGACGGAGAAAUUAAUUAAGAGUUUGCUUUCAUUACCUCGAUGCAUUAGCUACUCGGUGUGCUCCGAAGUUUUAGCCUUAUAAGCUAACCAUUUAGGCUUUGGUAAGUCAUCAUCUAGACGUUAAGUUGUGGAGCGGUUUUUUGAGGGGCAUUGUAGAACGCUGCCCGAAAGGUUAAACAAGUGUUCAUGUAACGCCACCAAAUCUACAAAUGUGUGGUUGUGCACAACGGUUUUGAGGGUUCUGCUGAGCUCUGCAGAAGUAUUUCGACAAGUGUACGCAGCGCAGCGGUACUUUGGACUGAUGGACCACCGCAGUGAUAAGAGCAGAGGACAUAAGUGUUUUUCCGGACUGUGCUUCAAUGUCUCGCUGCUUGAGGACUGCGCUGUUUUACGUUGUCAAAAGUUGUACAAAAUUAAAGUGUUUUCAGUCGCUUGUGA